GCGGCCCAGCUUCAUCGGGCGAAAACGCAAAAUAUACAUAUCAAAAGCAGUGCGGAUAAGUUAAAGGAGCGAUCGCCCAUCGCUUUCCUUCACAUUUUCAUCAGCGCCCCUAAAAUGCGGGGCAGCGUUCGUUUCUUGUGGACGAAAUUUCGCCCACAUGUUUUCGUCGACGCCGGUCGUAGUUGCGUCAGUUUCCGGUCACCGCGAUGACGUCAGCGAAAUUUUUAUUUUAUUUUUGUUAACAACGGACUAAUUAUGCCGUGCAUAUUCGGAAAGGUCACCGUGGAUUUAUUUCGCGUUUUUGCAUAUAUAUAGCAAAAUUAGCCGGUCUCCUUAUCACUGUGUGAAUGCACUCCGAAUUCUCAAAACGGAUUAUACACACUUAUAAACGCCCAGUGUUCGGAAUGGGCAAAUAUUGGGGGAAAAAUUGUUUUUGUAUCUGUUGAGUGCGUCUGAAAAUGCAGAACGCUACAGUUGUAUGCGGCAAAUAUUGACGGAUCUUCCAUCUCUUGAUUUCGCUGUGUAGUGGAUUUAUUUGGCUUCCCAGCUGAAUGCGCGUGAAAUGGCGAUAGCGUUGGCCACAAUUGUAUUACCGGCAAACAAGGAAUGCGACAAAUGGCUGCUCCCUGGAACGGACCAGCCGACCACCUCGACACCGCCCCCACCUCCGCCCCGCACCCCUCCGCCACGCCCGCGCCCACCUCGGCGGCCGUCAGCCCGGCCUGCUCCUCCUCCGGCGACUCCCCGGGGGCGGCCACCGCCCCCCACCACGCCGCGUCCCCGCACCACCACGUCGACUCCCCGCGGGGGGCCGCCAACGAAACCCGCCGCCCCUCCGUCCUCGUCGCCCCCGGCCACGUCCUGGCCCCACCCGGCAACACCCUGGACACCCCCUCCGCCGGCACCGGGACCCCGGCCCCGCCCAGCAUCGCCAGCUACGCCGCCGCCGACACGCAGAACCUGCUGUCGCGGGUGACGGCGGCCGCCGGCCUGGAGGUCAGCGUCCCGCCGGGAUCCCUGUACAUCCCGGUGGCGGAGGCCGAUAUGCAGGACAUGUACGCCGCCUACGCCACGCCGGGCUUUUACAGCAGUAGCAGCGCCACCUACCCGGGGGGAUACGCCGGGCAGACGCCGUCCUACAGUGUCCUGCAGACGCCCAUGCAGAGCAGCUACGCCAGCCAGACCCUGCCGCAGUUGACGGGCGCCGUGACGCCGUUGAAUCAGCAGCACUACUGGUCGGCCUAUCCCGCCGAGCAGUACGGUUCGCGGUACUACCAGACGGCCAGCAACGCCGGGACCGCCGCGACGUACCAGGGCAUGCGGAGCUCCGGGUUGCACGGGUACAUGACUACGCCCUCCGCCGGCGAGAUCACCUGGGCCAGUACCGGGACGACGGCGUUUUCGCCGGAUGGCGGACUCAGCGCCUACACGGUCAACGUGCAGAAGGCCGCGCAGCAGCAACAACAGCAGCACGCGCAACAGACCGGACACCGCGGACAGCCCGUCGGAUAUCCCGAGUACGGCGUGGCGGAGGAGCAGUACAUGGAGGGGCGGGAGUGCGUCAACUGCGGCUCGCUGGUACGUGAAUACCCGCACACUCCGCUGUGGCGGCGCGAUCAGACCGGGCACUACCUGUGCAACGCCUGCGGCCUCUACCGCAAGGUCAACACUGUCAACCGCCCGCUGAGCAAACCCUCCAAACGGACGCAAAAUACCUCCCGCAGGGCGGACUUGAUUUGCUCCAACUGCGCCACGCACACCACGACCCUGUGGCGAAGGAACAACGACGGCCAUCCCGUGUGUAACGCCUGCGGCCUCUACUUCAAACUCCACGGCGUGGCCCGUCCAACGCAGAUGCGCAAGGACGCCAUCCAGACGCGCAAACGCAAGCCGCGUUGCGCCAGCGGCGGCAGCAGUAAGAAGGCCGCCACCGAGAGCAACCGCGUCGACAAAAUCACUCUCGAUAUCGGCGACCCCAGCAGCAAGCCGAUCAGCGCCCUCCCGUACGGCGGUCUGCCCAACGUCGUCCCGACAUCAUCGCACCACUCUGUGAUCACGCCCACCGGUUCGGCGCCCUCUCUGUCGCAGGCGCCCCCGCCCUACGCUGGCGGCGACCAGCAGGCGCCCGCCGAGGACAAACCCGAGCUCCUGCCGCACCCGGAGGACGCCGGCCACCUCCCGCCGCACCUCCGCCCCGCCCCCCGCGACAGUCCCCGCCCCCUGAUGCCGGUCUUCGCCCCGGCGCCGCCGCCGCACCCCAGCGCCACCGCUCCGGAGCUGACCGCCCGUCUAACGGCGUCGCAGUAAAUUGUGUCCCACGGCAAACCGCCCGCGACCGGUUGCCACGUUGCCUUUUGGUUUAAUAUUAUUAUUACCAAUUUAAUCGAAUAUUAAGUGAAAUGUGUUAUUGUUCGAUCCCGGCACUUUAUCGUACACGUAUAAAACAUUGUUUGUUAAUUAUUUUUAUUUUGCCGGUUGCGUUGUUUUUGUUGGUGUACGCGUUAUGUUGUGCGGUUGCCGGUCGGUUUAAUUGUACAAAUUAUUCACCAAAUUGCCAACGUUUUUCUACAGUGUUGUUUGUGACUGUACAUUUUUUUGUGCUCAAUACUCGGUUUGUCGUGAUUCAUGCCGACUGGCUAAUAAUACAUACUGAGUCAACG